AUGGGAGCGGGUGUUUUGCUGGCGGUGCUCAGGGAUGCGAUGGCCUGGUGGGAGGGGUGCGGUGAGAUAAGAGUGCGACUCAGCAAAGACGUACAUGCCGGUGCGUCCCAGCAGACGCGUGCAUCGUACCUGAUCUGCCAUUGCGUGCAUCGUACCUGCUCUGCCAUUGCGUGCAUCGUACCUGCUCUGCCAUUGCGUGCAUCGUACCUGCUCUGCCAUUGCGUGCAUCGUACCUGCUCGGCCAUUGCGUGCAUCGUACCUGCUCUGCCAUUGCGUGCAUCGUACCUGCUCUGCCAUUGCGUGCAUCGUACCUGCUCUGCCAUUGCGUGCAUCGUACCUGCUCUGCCAUUGCGUGCAUCGUACCUGCUCUGCCAUUGCGUGCAUCGUACCUGCUCUGCCAUUGCGUGCAUCGUACCUGCUCUGCCAUUGCGUGCAUCGUACCUGCUCUGCCAUUGCGUGCAUCGUACCUGCUCUGCCAUUGCGUGCAUCGUACCUGCUCUGCCAUUGCGUGCAUCGUACCUGCUCUGCCAUUGCGUGCAUCGUACCUGCUCUGCCAUUGCGUGCAUCGUACCUGCUCUGCCAUUGCCUGCAUCGUACCUGCUCGGCCAUUGCGUGCAUCGUACCUGCUCGGCCAUUGCGUGCAUCGUACCUGCUCUGCCAUUGCGUGCAUCGUACCUGCUCUGCCAUUGCGUGCAUCGUACCUGCUCUGCCAUUGCGUGCAUCGUACCUGCUCUGCCAUUGCGUGCAUCGUACCUGCUCUGCCAUUGCGUGCAUCGUACCUGCUCUGCCAUUGCGUGCAUCGUACCUGCUCUGCCAUUGCGUGCAUCGUACCUGCUCUGCCAUUGCGUGCAUCGUACCUGCUCUGCCAUUGCGUGCAUCGUACCUGCUCUGCCAUUGCCUGCAUCGUACCUGCUCGGCCAUUGCGUGCAUCGUACCUGCUCUGCCAUUGCGUGCAUCGUACCUGCUCUGCCAUUGCGUGCAUCGUACCUGCUCUGCCAUUGCGUGCAUCGUACCUGCUCUGCCAUUGCGUGCAUCGUACCUGCUCUGCCAUUGCGUGCAUCGUACCUGCUCUGCCAUUGCGUGCAUCGUACCUGCUCGGCCAUUGCGUGCAUCGUACCUGCUCUGCCAUUGCGUGCAUCGUACCUGCUCUGCCAUUGCGUGCAUCGUACCUGCUCUGCCAUUGCGUGCAUCGUACCUGCUCGGCCAUUGCGUGCAUCGUACCUGCUCUGCCAUUGCGUGCAUCGUACCUGCUCUGCCAUUGCGUGCAUCGUACCUGCUCUGCCAUUGCGUGCAUCGUACCUGCUCUGCCAUUGCCUGCAUCGUACCUGCUCGGCCAUUGCGUGCAUCGUACCUGCUCUGCCAUUGCGUGCAUCGUACCUGCUCUGCCAUUGCGUGCAUCGUACCUGCUCUGCCAUUGCGUGCAUCGUACCUGCUCUGCCAUUGCGUGCAUCGUACCUGCUCUGCCAUUGCGUGCAUCGUACCUGCUCUGCCAUUGCGUGCAUCGUACCUGCUCGGCCAUUGCGUGCAUCGUACCUGCUCUGCCAUUGCGUGCAUCGUACCUGCUCUGCCAUUGCGUGCAUCGUACCUGCUCUGCCAUUGCGUGCAUCGUACCUGCUCGGCCAUUGCGUGCAUCGUACCUGCUCUGCCAUUGCGUGCAUCGUACCUGCUCUGCCAUUGCGUGCAUCGUACCUGCUCUGCCAUUGCGUGCAUCGUACCUGCUCUGCCAUUGCGUGCAUCGUACCUGCUCGGCCAUUGCGUGCAUCGUACCUGCUCUGCCAUUGCGUGCAUCGUACCUGCUCUGCCAUUGCGUGCAUCGUACCUGCUCUGCCAUUGCGUGCAUCGUACCUGCUCGGCCAUUGCGUGCAUCGUACCUGCUCUGCCAUUGCGUGCAUCGUACCUGCUCUGCCAUUGCGUGCAUCGUACCUGCUCUGCCAUUGCGUGCAUCGUACCUGCUCUGCCAUUGCGUGCAUCGUACCUGCUCUGCCAUUGCGUGCAUCGUACCUGCUCUGCCAUUGCGUGCAUCAUACCUGCUCUGCCAUUGCGUGCAUCGUACCUGCUCUGCCAUUGCGUGCAUCGUACCUGCUCUGCCAUUGCGUGCAUCGUACCUGCUCUGCCAUUGCGUGCAUCGUACCUGCUCUGCCAUUGCGUGCAUCGUACCUGCUCUGCCAUUGCGUGCAUCGUACCUGUUCUGCCAUUGCGUGCAUCGUACCUGCUCUGCCAUUGCGUGCAUCGUACCUGCUCUGCCAUUGCGUGCAUCGUACCUGCUCUGCCAUUGCGUGCAUCGUACCUGCUCUGCCAUUGCGUGCAUCGUACCUGCUCGGCCAUUGCGUGCAUCGUACCUGCUCUGCCAUUGCGUGCAUCGUACCUGCUCUGCCAUUGCGUGCAUCGUACCUGCUCUGCCAUUGCCUGCAUCGUACCUGCUCGGCCAUUGCGUGCAUCGUACCUGCUCUGCCAUUGCGUGCAUCGUACCUGCUCUGCCAUUGCGUGCAUCGUACCUGCUCUGCCAUUGCGUGCAUCGUACCUGCUCUGCCAUUGCGUGCAUCGUACCUGCUCUGCCAUUGCGUGCAUCCUACCUGCUCUGCCAUUGCGUGCAUCGUACCUGCUCGGCCAUUGCGUGCAUCGUACCUGCUCUGCCAUUGCGUGCAUCGUACCUGCUCUGCCAUUGCGUGCAUCGUACCUGCUCUGCCAUUGCGUGCAUCGUACCUGCUCGGCCAUUGCGUGCAUCGUACCUGCUCUGCCAUUGCGUGCAUCGUACCUGCUCUGCCAUUGCGUGCAUCGUACCUGCUCUGCCAUUGCGUGCAUCGUACCUGCUCUGCCAUUGCGUGCAUCGUACCUGCUCUGCCAUUGCGUGCAUCGUACCUGCUCUGCCAUUGCGUGCAUCGUACCUGCUCUGCCAUUGCGUGCAUCGUACCUGCUCUGCCAUUGCGUGCAUCGUACCUGCUCUGCCAUUGCGUGCAUCGUACCUGCUCUGCCAUUGCGUGCAUUGUACCUGCUCUGCCAUUGCGUGCAUCGUACCUGUUCUGCCAUUGCGUGCAUCGUACCUGCUCUGCCAUUGCGUGCAUCGUACCUGCUCUGCCAUUGCGUGCAUCGUACCUGCUCUGCCAUUGCGUGCAUCGUACCUGCUCUGCCAUUGCGUGCAUCGUACCUGCUCUGCCAUUGCGUGCAUCGUACCUGCUCUGCCAUUGCGUGCAUCGUACCUGCUCUGCCAUUGCGUGCAUCGUACCUGCUCUGCCAUUGCGUGCAUCGUACCUGCUCUGCCAUUGCGUGCAUCGUACCUGCUCUGCCAUUGCGUGCAUCGUACCUGCUCUGCCAUUGCGUGCAUCGUACCUGCUCUGCCAUUGCGUGCAUUGUACCUGCUCUGCCAUUGCGUGCAUCGUACCUGCUCUGCCAUUGCGUGCAUCGUACCUGCUCUGCCAUUGCGUGCAUCGUACCUGCUCUGCCAUUGCGUGCAUCGUACCUGCUCGGACAUUGCGUGCAUCGUACCUGCUCGGCCAUUGCGUGCAUCGUACCUGCUCGGACAUUGCGUGCAUCGUACCUGCUCUGCCAUUCUGA